CGGCGCAGGCGCAGCAGGGCGGACGCAGGGGGCGACUGGCCGCAAGGCGCUAUGCCGUACGCCAACCAGCCCACAGUGCGGAUCACGGAGCUCACCGACGAGAACGUCAAGUUCAUCAUUGAGAAUACCGACCUGGCAGUGGCCAAUUCUAUUCGGAGAGUCUUCAUCGCCGAGGUCCCCAUAAUAGCUAUUGACUGGGUUCAGAUUGAUGCCAAUUCCUCAGUCCUUCAUGAUGAGUUCAUUGCUCACAGGCUUGGACUGAUUCCCCUCACGAGUGAUGACAUUGUGGACAAGCUGCAGUACUCUCGGGACUGCACAUGUGAAGAGUUCUGCCCUGAGUGCUCCGUGGAGUUCACCCUCGACGUGCGGUGUAAUGAAGACCAGACGCGGCACGUCACGUCUCGAGACCUCAUCUCCAACAGCCCCCGGGUCAUUCCGGUAACAUCUCGGAACCGAGAUAAUGACCCCAAUGACUACGUGGAGCAGGAUGGCUGGAAUUUGUCUCUCCUGGUCCUUGGCGGACUCUCAUGUCUCCUUGCAGACAUCCUCAUCGUGAAGCUGAGAAAGGGCCAGGAGCUGAGGCUUCGAGCCUAUGCCAAAAAGGGCUUUGGCAAGGAACAUGCCAAGUGGAACCCCACUGCAGGGGUGGCUUUUGAAUAUGAUCCAGACAAUGCCCUGAGGCACACAGUGUACCCCAAGCCUGAGGAAUGGCCAAAGAGUGAAUACUCAGAGCUGGAUGAGGAUGAGUCACAGGCUCCCUAUGACCCCAAUGGCAAGCCAGAAAGGUUUUACUACAACGUAGAGUCCUGUGGUUCUCUGCGCCCUGAAACCAUUGUCCUCUCAGCCCUCUCUGGAUUAAAGAAGAAGCUGAGUGAUUUACAGACUCAGUUAAGCCACGAGAUCCAAAGUGAUGUGCUAACCAUAAACUAGCUUCAGCUCACCUGUUUCAGCAAAAGUGAGGAUUCGAGACAGUAGCUAGCUUUCAGGUCUUUGAGACCUUAUGGUUUCAGAGCUCUGGACUUUUGUUCAUGCCUCAUGACAGGUCAUCAGUGUUGGCUAUUGGGGGCUGCAGAUAAGAUUACCAGGAACACCACUGGAAUUUAGGGUAGGACAGUUUUUACUAGAUAUUGAGCAUCCCUGACCCUAUUUGUUCAUUGCUAGUAGCGUUCCCCAGAACCCAAAACAUCCCUUCCAUCCCAUUUCCUAGCACACCAGCAGGGGGCCAUGCUGUUUCCCUUCUGAGAACCACUGAUCUGGACUCCUGGUGAUUCCAGCUCUUUAAUACCCUUUCUGUCCAAAAAGAAGGAAUUUUCACAGCUGUAUCUUAGGUUUUUGGUGUUAUUGAGUGCUAGAACCUUCAUUUAGGCAGCUGAUAAAUGCUCCUGGUUCUUUCCCCCAGGUCCAGGCUACUGGCACUUCAAAUUGCUGAGUGUCCUUAAUUUGAGAAGUAAUCCUUUAGGAUAGACUCUGGGUGUCUCCUCCCCCGCACAAAUAAACAUGCUGUUUGAACGCCUGCACUUACAGUAGCCUGAUCAUUUUGUUUGGUGUGGGGGACAGCAAAGCACAGGCCCCUCUCACAUGUUCCAUUUCUCCUUAAUGAAGGUUCUGGCCCUAACACCUUAGCACUGUCUUCAGGUAGGAGCCUACCCAAAGCAGUUAAUUAGGUAGCCUGGAGAAAACCAGAGAUCAGUAUAUAAAGGAAGGGAUAUUUAUUAACAGUAGUUGUCUUUUUAAAAGUUUUUAUUUUUGGCAAUAAAGAGCACAACAUAAUCUC